AUGUUUAUCGUUGACAAGAUUUCACGACCGUUUCGUCCCGAAGACAUAGUUGAGAUACAGCACAGCAACCAAACAGAGCAUAUACUUCCAGGAACUAUCUGUUCCAAGUGGGAUUUUGUUUUCGAAUGGGACGAAAACUGUGUUAAAUCUUCUACUUGGAAGAGUAAGUGGUGGCGGCAACACUCUGACAAGUUAUGCGACGAAGCACUCAUUGAAACCUUUCCAAACCCAUCCUCCAGCACUGGUACGGACCUUCUCGAGGCUAUCGAACGUAGAGCAGAGCAAGGACCCGGCGCGGCACGCAACUUUAUCGACCAUGUCAACCGUAUGCCCCCUGAAGGGAUAAGGGCAUCUGACGACCAAAUACGACGAGCACAAAGAUUUUUCUAUAAGUACUCCUCUCCUAUCCUGUCUGGAAACAUGCCUCAUGACCCUUGCUCCGCCCGAGUAUAUGCACUCAAUGCACCUCGUCACAGAAAGUCUAGUAAAUCGGGAGAAUACUCAAUUACCGAGGCCACCAAUGAUCGAACCUUCAGGCGACUGCUGGAAACACUUCAGAUGAUCCUAGAUGCCAUGGGCGGCCACAUUAGUUUAGAAGGAUGGAGAUCGAUUGUUCGCGUCCGGCUUUUACACGGAGUUGCACGUCGUCGGAUAAUGGAGCGGGUGCGUCAUCCCGAAUUGACUGGAGGAGGUUUGCCACGAUAUGACUUCAGCGUGGACGGAUACCCUAUUAACCAAGAAGACCUUGCUGGUACUCUAUCUUCGUUUUGCACGGCGCCUCUAUUUUGUAUGGAACGACUUGGCUAUCACCCACCGUUAUUCGAAAAAGAGGAUUAUCUUGCCUUAUGGAGGCAUAUAGGCUACUAUAUGGGCAUCAACCCGGAAAUUCUAUCGCGACACUUCUCGGGUGUUUCGGUCAAUAACAAGUUCAUUGUCUCCAUCAUAGUGCAUUUACUUGAGGAUUCCGAGCAUGAAGAAGGAAGCCUACCUCCGCCAACAAUGCCCAUCUUACACGCCAUAUCUAACCGCCCACCUUUCCCAACGCCCUUUGCUUACAACUGUGCUUUGACUCGUUUUCUAGUCGGAGACCUCCUGGCCAACUAUCUUCAGAUCCCCAAAACUCCUCCUCUUGAAUACUGUUUUCUCCGUACCCGACUUUUACUAGGGAAAGUUCCGUACCUAUUCGGUCGAGUCUACCGAAUCCGGAAUUGGGAAUCCCGGAGGAUUAGAAUAUCGCGCGAAGGACUCUCGCGCAUGGUCCGUUGGCAACUGGGCAUGCGAAGAACCGUGUUUCGUCCUCGGCAAGAAGACGGGGACAUCGCUCCAGGGGUCGAACAAGCCGAGGCUGUAGUUCCGAACAUGGUGCUCGGACAAGCAUUUUUGCGGGAAUAUAAUCUUUUUAUUAGGGAAAUGCUGGGAGUGAUGGGUGGCGUGGUUUUGUCUGCGCUUGCAGUUGGAUGGCAGGCUAGGCGUUGGAUAUGCUGA